AGUGGUGCAUCAAUAUUGGAGCAAGUGCAACGAGCGUGACCAAAUAUUCUUUACCAUAUUUAUCAUCAUAUUAAUUAGUAUUUAUGUAAAAAAAAAGAGAAAAUUCUUCUCAUUCUCAUGCUAUUCGGCCUAGCAAUGUAUAAGGCCACAAUAUGCUAGCCAAGGUUAUAUUCUUCAUCGCCGUCGCAGCUGCCGUGCUCGUCGUCAUCCUCCUCGCCACCAUCUCGCCCCUUCCCUCUAAGCCGUGGCACGAUCGCGACCAAUUAUCCGCUUUAUCACUUUCCCUUUAUGUUAGUAGGACUACUCAGUUUUCGUUCAACCACCCCAUUUUGACCGACCCCGACCUGCUGUUGCAGGGAGGGAGCCUACAGGCAAAUAGCACAGCGUUCGUCUUCCGUCGUGAUCUCACGGCGGGCCCUGAGAGCAUAUCGCGUGUUGUCGGAAGAGUUCGGGGGUUCCUCCUCUCCACGGACGGCUCGACACUCGCGGCUUUUAAUAUCUUACACUUGGAGUUGGACAUAUCACCAGAGUGUCGUGGAAGUCUCAGCUUGGAGGCCGACGAGGGUGCCGGAGAGGGGCUGAGAGUGGUGGGGGGGACAAAGUCGUUCACCUUCGCCCACGGCACCGCAGUUGUUGUGCCCGUCGGUGGCUGGCCCGCGCACAGCGACGCCGUGUAUCAAUUCAAGCUUAGUUUGAGAUUGCCUAAAGUGCAUGUACCAAUCCCUGCAGGGUGAUGAUCGAUCACAUAUAUAUGAUCACUAAACUAUCUAAACUUUUUUUCCUUUUAUUUUUUAUUUUUUUUGUUUUUUGGAGAAAGAGGCUAAGUUACACGUUUGAAUUGGUUGAAUAAGAGACCAAUGCAAUUUUUGGA